AUGGAUGUGGCGUCUGUUUUGGAUUUUGUGGACUCUGGUAAGGAUUUGAUUGUUGCGGCUGAUGCGAGUGCGUCGGAUUUGAUUCGGAGUAUUGCGGCUGAGUGUGGAGUUGAUUUUGAUGAGGAUCCGUCUGCUGUGGUUAUCGAUCAUGGGAGCUAUGUUGUGUCAGGAACUGAGGGGGAUGAUACGUUAAUUGCUGCUGAUGAUUUUAUUAAAUCUGAUGUGCUUUUAGGAAGUACUAAAAUUGAGGUUAGCUUUUGCUUGUUUUAUUUGAAGAAUACAUUUGUUUACGGUUACUUUGAUGAGCAAUAUAAGGAUCUGAAGGCAACUAGAAUGGCUGCAAAUGUGGGGGAUGAAGUUGUUGACCCGUUAUCAAUGUUCCUACAAUGGGUGGACGAGUUCUUUAAUAAAGUCAAUUUGAUCAGUGCAAUUGAACACAAGAAUCUUGUCAAGCUUUUGGCUUGUAGUAUUGAAGGUCCCGAGAGUCUUUUGGUUUGGAAGCUGACCAAAGAAGGCGUUGUGUCGGAAGCUAUCGAUCCGUUACUAAAAGGUGAAUUUCAUGAGCAUGAAGUGUUGGAAGUGAUGCAGAUCGGGCUUCUGUGCACACAAGCGUCUGCGGCUUUAAGUGAUGCAAAGAUGCUUGGGUAA